UAGGUAAGAAUGCAGCGCAUUGUGUCGGGUGGCAGCGCCACUAUGUUGCGUGCGUUACGCGCUACAUCAGUCGUUCCAUGCAGAAUGGUCCGUUAUGAUGCAUUCGCUGAUAGACAUAUAGGACCGAGUCGACUAGAAAAACAGCAAAUGUUAGACUUUCUUGGAUUCAGAACACUCGACGAACUCACAAAUACUAACGUUCCUAACCAAAUCAAACUCGAGAAGGAAAUGGACCUUCCAAAAGCGGCUGACGAGUACACCAUGCUUAGGGAAAUGAAGAAAAUUGCAGAAAUGAACAAGAUUUACCGAUCCUACAUAGGUAUGGGUUAUUACGACACUAUCGUACCAGCGGUGAUCCUUCGUAACAUUCUGCAAAAUAUUGGAUGGAUUUCCCAGUACACUCCUUACCAAGCGGAAAUCUCACAGGGAAGACUGGAAUCGCUGCUGAACUUCCAGACUAUGGUAGCAGAUUUAACCGGCCUUCCUUCAACUAACGCCUCACUUCUAGACGAAGCUACAGCAGUGGCUGAAGCCAUUUCACUUGCAGUUAGGGCAACAAAGAGGCAUAAGGCUUUACUUGAUCCAUACUUGCAUCCGCAGAAUAUUGAUGUGGCCAAGACGAGGGCUGGACCCCAAGAAAUUACCAUAGGAGAACUUAGCUUUGAAUCUCUCAACAUUGAUAAAGAUGUAGCAGCUGUUGUGGUACAGUACCCAGACACCGAAGGUCGCAUUCGCGACUUGGACAAGCUUAUCAAGAAGGCUCAUGAGAAUGGGGCCCUAGUGGUGCUCGUUUGUGAUCUGAUGUCUUUGACACUGCUGAAGUCUCCUGGAGAUCUGGGAGCUGAUAUUGCUGUUGGCUCAGCGCAGAGAUUUGGAGUUCCACUUGGUUACGGAGGACCACAUGCUGGUUUCAUGGCUGUGGCAAAAGACUCGAAAAACACGCUCGGUAGAACCAUGCCUGGUAGAAUAAUCGGAGUAUCCAAAGGAGCCAAUGGAGAAAUGGCGCUGAGACUUGCCCUGCAAACUCGAGAGCAACAUAUUCGAAGAGACAAAGCUACUAGCAACAUUUGCACUGCUCAAGCCUUACUUGCCAAUAUGUCUGCGAUGUAUGCGGUUUACCAUGGACCUAAGCGACUUACAGAGAUCGCUAGAGCAAUCCAUAAGUCUACUGCUUUCUUGGAGUCAGAAGUGCUCAAGGCUGGGCAUCAAAUCGCCCACAAGGACUACUUCGACACGCUCAAAGUCACUGUAAAAGAUUUGGCAGGCUUCAAGCAACGAGCUGAAGAAAAGCAGAUGAACUUCCGAUACUAUCCUGACGGCGCUGUUGGUGUGUCACUGGAUGAGGCAACGAAGUCGGCCGAUCUCGUGGAUUUGCUCUACGUCUUUAAUGGUUCUACUAAACUCACUGAGGAAGAAAUUUCGGACAUUGUUCCGGAAACCGCUUCUCCUCUUAUCGGAAAUAGUCCGUUUGCAAGGACAAGCACAUUCCUUCAACAUCCUAUUUUCAACACUUACCACAGUGAAGCUCAGCUUGUUAGGUACAUCAAGCGCUUAGAGAACAAGGACGUUUCCUUAGCGCACUCGAUGAUUCCACUUGGAUCUUGCACAAUGAAGUUGAACGCAAGCUCGGAGUUGAUUCCAAUCACCUGGGACUCGUUUAACGCUCUUCAUCCAUUCGCUCCGGUAUCCCAAGCAGCUGGCUUCCAGAAAAUGUUCAAAGAUUUGGAGAAGUGGUUGUGCGAAGUCACUGGAUAUGAUAAGAUCAGUCUGCAACCGAACUCCGGUGCUGCAGGAGAAUACACCGGCCUACUAACCAUUCGCAAGUACCUAGAUAGUCUGGACCAACAUCAGAGAAAUGUAUGCCUGAUCCCAACAUCAGCUCAUGGUACAAAUCCAGCAUCAGCUCAUAUGGCCAACAUGAAAGUCGUCGUAGUGAGUUCAGACAAACACGGUAACAUCAACUACAAGGACCUGGCGGCCAAGACUGAGCAAUACAAAGAUCAAUUAGCGGCCAUCAUGGUGACGUACCCCUCAACUCACGGAGUCUUCGAAUCUUCUAUUCGUGACGUUAUUGAUAAAGUUCACGAGUGCGGUGGCCAAGUCUACCUUGAUGGAGCGAAUAUGAAUGCGCAGGUGGGACUUUGUCGUCCUGGUGAUUACGGUAGCGAUGUAUCGCAUCUGAAUUUGCACAAGACGUUCUGCAUUCCUCAUGGUGGUGGUGGACCUGGUGUUGGUCCUAUUGGAGUGAAGAAGCACCUGGCUCCAUUCCUCCCCGGACACCCAGUCAUUCCUGUUGAAGGCCGAUCACAUGGCGCUGUUGCCAGCGCUCCUUGGGGCUCAGCCAGUAUCAUGCCUAUUACAUGGGCCUAUAUUCGGAUGAUGGGCCACGCUGGACUAAAGAAAGCAUCGCAAGUUGCGAUACUGAACGCAAAUUAUAUGGCAAGAAGAUUGGAGAAGGCAUACAAAAUUGUAUACAAAGAUGAGCAGGGCUUAGUGGCUCAUGAAUUCAUCCUCGACUUCAAGCCAUUUAAGAAAUCAGCCGGAGUAGAUGUAGUCGAUGUAUCGAAAAGACUGAUGGAUUAUGGAUUCCAUUCACCCACAAUGUCAUGGCCGGUGCAUGAUUGCUUGAUGAUUGAACCCACCGAAUCAGAAGAUAAAGGUGAGAUGGACCGUCUAGUUGAUGCGCUGCUUGCUAUCCGAGAGGAGAUCGCCAUGAUUGAACGAGGCGAGCUGGACAGAGAGCGAAAUCCACUGAAGAUGGCACCACACACGCUGGCAAAGGUCGCAUCGGACAGUUGGGAUUUGCCCUAUUCCCGUGAAUUAGCCGCUUUCCCAAAACCAUGGUGUCAUCACAAGAGCUGGCCGACCACAGGACGUAUCGACGACUCGUACGGUGACAAACAUCUCGUCUGCACCUGCCCUCCCAUUGAGAACUACAUGUGAAAUAGAGGAGUUGAAAAUUUAGCGAUAGAAGAGUAGCGUUGAAGUAGUGAUCUUAUGUUGCUCAAUCCUACUGUGAUAGUUGUUAUACAUUCCAUAUGCG